AUGGCCAAACGACUGAAACAAGAGGCUGAGUUGGAAAAGACACAUCUUAUAGAACUAAAGGCAGGGCAGAAGCAAGACAGAGAGGAUCUGGAUAGAGAGAGUGAGAUGAUGAACAAAGAGAAACUGGAAAUGGAGCUGAUGAGGUGUGACAUCCUGAAACAAAGUGACAUAUUAGAACAAGUGAUACAAGAUCUAAAAGAGGAAAAAGACAAACUGGAAAUCACAAAGACUGAGCUACAACAGAAGAAAGAACAUGCAGACAGUCAGUUUGAUGAGAUCAACAGAGAGAAAACCAACAUUAAAGAUCUGACCCUUCAGCUUCAGAAAGAAAGAGACAAUCUUGACAAUGUCAUGAACAUGAUUAUCUUAAAACAAGAAGAACAACAACGCAAGGAAGAAGAGUUCAAAAGACAAACACAAGAACUGGAAACCAGUAAGAACAGUGUACUGGUAGAAAGAAAGGAACUGGAACUUUUGAGGAAGGAUCUCAACAGGAAGAAAGAAGAGAUUGGAACUGCCAUGAACACCAUCAGUGGAGAGAGAGAACAACUCAAUCAGAUGAAGAGUAGUACUGACAUUGACAGACAAAGGCUCGAGAAAGAAAAGGUCAGAAUGGAAGGAGAAAGGUCUGAGCUAACAAUAAGAGAAGAUCAACUCUUGAAUGAAAUUAAAUCACUAAAAACUCUGAGGGAAAAAAUACAACAGCUAAAUGAAAAGAUGAGUGAAGACGUGAAAAACAAAAUGGAAAGAUUACAACAAAACAAUCAAGACGUACUAAUGCUGUACACUGUAUUGGAGCAAAAGCUUACAGCUCUAGAUGUUCAGAAAGAGAACCUGGCUGGAUACAGUGACCUGUUAGAGAGAGAAAAGAAAAGUCUGAUAGGUAUACUGUCAGACAUGGUCAUCCAGAGAGAAGACGUUGAAAAUCAAUGGAAGCAGAAGUUUGAGUUGGACAAACAAGAUCUUUACAAAUUGAAGUCAGAGCUGAAGCAAGACAGAGAGGAUCUGGAUAGAGAGAAUGAGAUGAUGAACAAAGAGAAACUAGACUUGGAGCUGAUGAGGUCUGACAUCCUGAAACAAAGUGACAUAUUAGAACAAGUGAUACAAGAUAUAAAAGAGGAAAAAGACAAACUGGAAAUCACAAAGACUGAGCUACAACAGAAGAAAGAACAUGCAGACAGUCAGUUUGAUGAGAUCAACAGAGAGAAAACCAACAUUAAAGAUCUGACCCUUCAGCUUCAGAAAGAAAGAGACAAACUUGACAAUAUCAUGAACAUGAUUGCCUUAAAACAAGAACAACAACAACUCAAGGAAGAAGAGUUCAAAAGACAAACACAAGAACUGGAAACCACUAAGAACAGUGUACUGGUAGAAAGAAAUGAACUGGAACUUUUGAGGAAGGAUCUCAACAGGAAGAAAGAAGAGAUUGAAGCUGCCAUGAACACAAUCAGUGGAGAGAGAGAACAACUCAAUCAGAUGAAGAGUAGUACUGACAUGGACAGACGAAGGCUCGAGAAUGAAAAGGACAGAAUGGAAGGAGAAAGGUCUGAGCUGAAAAUAAGAGAGGAUCAACUCUUGAAUGAAAUUAAAUCACUAGAAAAUCUGAGGGAAAAACUGCAACAGCUGAAUGAAAGGAUGAGUGAAGACGUGAAAAACAAAAUCAUGAGACUGGAAGAAAACAAUGAAGACUUACUGAAACUGUUGAGUGUUUUAGAGCAAAAGCAUGAGGCUCUGGAUAAACUGAAGGAAAAUAUGUCAUCUUACACUGAGAUAUUAGAGAGAGAAAAAGAAGGGUUGAAGAGUAUGUUGUCAGAAAUUGUAAUGCAAAGACAAGAAAUGGCCAAACGACUGAAACAAGAGGCUGAGUUGGAAAAGACACAUCUUAUAGAACUAAAGGCAGGGCAGAAGCAAGACAGAGAGGAUCUGGAUAGAGAGAGUGAGAUGAUGAACAAAGAGAAACUGGAAAUGGAGCUGAUGAGGUGUGACAUCCUGAAACAAAGUGACAUAUUAGAACAAGUGAUACAAGAUCUAAAAGAGGAAAAAGACAAACUGGAAAUCACAAAGACUGAGCUACAACAGAAGAAAGAACAUGCAGACAGUCAGUUUGAUGAGAUCAACAGAGAGAAAACCAACAUUAAAGAUCUGACCCUUCAGCUUCAGAAAGAAAGAGACAAUCUUGACAAUGUCAUGAACAUGAUUAUCUUAAAACAAGAAGAACAACAACGCAAGGAAGAAGAGUUCAAAAGACAAACACAAGAACUGGAAACCAGUAAGAACAGUGUACUGGUAGAAAGAAAGGAACUGGAACUUUUGAGGAAGGAUCUCAACAGGAAGAAAGAAGAGAUUGGAGCUGCCAUGAACACCAUCAGUGGAGAGAGAGAACAACUCAAUCAGAUGAAGAGUAGUACUGACAUUGACAGACAAAGGCUCGAGAAAGAAAAGGUCAGAAUGGAAGGAGAAAGGUCUGAGCUAACAAUAAGAGAAGAUCAACUCUUGAAUGAAAUUAAAUCACUAAAAACUCUGAGGGAAAAAAUACAACAGCUAAAUGAAAAGAUGAGUGAAGACGUGAAAAACAAAAUGGAAAGAUUACAACAAAACAAUCAAGACGUACUAAUGCUGUACACUGUAUUGGAGCAAAAGCUUACAGCUCUAGAUGUUCAGAAAGAGAACCUGGCUGGAUACAGUGACCUGUUAGAGAGAGAAAAGAAAAGUCUGAUAGGUAUACUGUCAGACAUGGUCAUCCAGAGAGAAGACGUUGAAAAUCAAUGGAAGCAGAAGUUUGAGUUGGACAAACAAGAUCUUUACAAAUUGAAGUCAGAGCUGAAGCAAGACAGAGAGGAUCUGGAUAGAGAGAAUGAGAUGAUGAACAAAGAGAAACUAGACUUGGAGCUGAUGAGGUCUGACAUCCUGAAACAAAGUGACAUAUUAGAACAAGUGAUACAAGAUAUAAAAGAGGAAAAAGACAAACUGGAAAUCACAAAGACUGAGCUACAACAGAAGAAAGAACAUGCAGACAGUCAGUUUGAUGAGAUCAACAGAGAGAAAACCAACAUUAAAGAUCUGACCCUUCAGCUUCAGAAAGAAAGAGACAAACUUGACAAUAUCAUGAACAUGAUUGCCUUAAAACAAGAACAACAACAACUCAAGGAAGAAGAGUUCAAAAGACAAACACAAGAACUGGAAACCAGUAAGAACAGUGUACUGGUAGAAAGAAAUGAACUGGAACUUUUGAGGAAGGAUCUCAACAGGAAGAAAGAAGAGAUUGAAGCUGCCAUGAACACAAUCAGUGGAGAGAGAGAACAACUCAAUCAGAUGAAGAGUAGUACUGACAUGGACAGACGAAGGCUCGAGAAUGAAAAGGACAGAAUGGAAGGAGAAAGGUCUGAGCUGAAAAUAAGAGAGGAUCAACUCUUGAAUGAAAUUAAAUCACUAGAAAAUCUGAGGGAAAAACUGCAACAGCUGAAUGAAAGGAUGAGUGAAGACGUGAAAAACAAAAUCAUGAGACUGGAAGAAAACAAUGAAGACUUACUGAAACUGUUGAGUGUUUUAGAGCAAAAGCAUGAGGCUCUGGAUAAACUGAAGGAAAAUAUGUCAUCUUACACUGAGAUAUUAGAGAGAGAAAAGAAGGGUUGA